AUGGAGCAAGUUCAUGGAGUUGACGUGAGCUGGAUGACCCACGGUUCUGCCAGAGCGUUCUGUCCUGCAGAUAAGGGCUCCAAGAUUGCUACGACUCGAAAACCCACACCUGUUUCUCCCCCUUCCCAGGAGACUCCUCGCUCGUCAUCUCCAAUACCGGCCGCGAACGGCAACGGCGCAAAGCCUCAAUCAAAUGGCGGCGGUAGCGAGAACACGAACACGGCAUCCAGACCCAUACCCACGCCACGGCCCCCCUUGAAACGAUCUGACUCUGGCGACAAGAGCCCGGGAGCGAACGGCACAUCUCCCAGCCGCCGCAAUUCGUGGUUCUCCAGCCUUUCGUCCAAAUUCUCCUCCUCUCCCACGCAACAUCAUAUUAAUGGCGACCAGGCGACAAACCAGCCCCAGAGCGCCUCGCCGAAAGAGAAAGAGUUCCCACCAGCACCUCCCCCUCGCUAUUCCCCGCCUCGGCACGCUGUCUUGCAACAUGCAAACAAACCGGAGGGGGACCAGCCCUAUACACCUGCGCCCCCUGGCCGCGGCCAGGCUAGCUUCCUCGGAGUUUUCCGUAGGUUGUCCUCUACGGGGGGCCUAACGCCGGGACAGAAGUACAACCACGGUCUGGUUGAGCGGAGAGUUUUGAACGUCGACCGGAACCGUGAACGCUGCCCUCUUCCUCAGCUCCGACAACCCAACCUUCGCAGGGUCGCCUUCAGCGUCGAUGUCGAGAUCGCACCCCAGCCGAAAUAUGCCGACCCCGACCCGUCUUCUGCGAAGCCAGCAUUGUCGGACAAGACCCAGAAGCGUAAGAUGACCGAGAAGGGGGAGGGGGAGGCUCUUAAACAUCCCAAGAGCUUGGAAAUCCAGAAGGAGCACGAGGGCGUCGUCAAGGCCACCGGAGAGCCUCUCCCGAAAGAGCCCGAGAAGGAGGGAACGGAGAUACCCAAGGAACCCCCAGGCCCUAACGAAUCCUCAGGCUCUAAAGAGAUCAAGGAUGAUAAGGCGGCAAAGGGAGGGCCCGCGAAGCCGGGCUCAACUCCCACUACGCCACCACCUACUACGCCACCAACAAGCGCAGGAGCAACCGGCAUGGCCGACAAGGAGAGGGAGGCCAAGAAAAAGGAGAAGAAAAAGAAGAGCGAGGAGGAACGAAAGGCCAGGAAGGAAAAGAAGCGGAAACAAGCCGAGGCCAAUGGCACCAUUCCCAUGGAGAUUCGUUUCGACGAUAGCGAUUCCUCGGCGGAGACAUCACAAUCCGGGACGACGGGCAACGGUGGCCGGAAGACAACAUCUGCGCCUACGACAAACCCCGUCAGGAUAUACCGCCGAUGCUGUCAACUGCGUGAGACGCCCAUCUUGAAAAAGAUCGCGGAGCAACUCAGCGACCCGGCCAACAGCUCCACUCGCCCAGGCGUAGUAGACAAGCUUGACCUAACCGGCUAUUGGCUUCAGCUACCUGACCUAAUAACGCUGGGAGACUACCUGGCAGUCGUUCCAGUCAAGGAAGUCAUUCUCGAGAACUGUGGACUCUCAGACGAAGGACUGCGAGUGAUACUGGCUGGACUUCUAGCAGCCAAACUGCCGGAAACCAGGAGACGGAGGCUUGCUACCCAUCCCGACGGUCUUGCCCAGCAAGGCGGCUUCGUGGAACGUCUGGUCCUGAAAGAAAAUAAGUUUGGAGUCGAAGGCUGGAAACAUAUCUGCUUGUUCAUAUAUCUCUGCCGGAGCCUUAAAUAUCUCGAUCUUUCCAUGGUUCCGUUUCCCAGGUCGGUAGCACUUGCGACCCAAAACGGACAAGGACAACGCUCUCAGAUUAACACCACCGGCACCAGCAUCGGCGCCACCACCACUGCCAGAAGCAGCAACGACAACAACGGGAGCCGAGAACAUAUCACAUUAGCGGGUCUAGUCUCGAAGGCGUUCGCCCAGCGCCUGGGUGGACCGACUCUUGAACUCCUCAACAUUGGCGGCAUUAACCCCUCAUCGAGCGAUCUCGGUACUCUCAUCGACGGCAUCAUCGAAUGCGGCAUACGCCGCCUCGGUCUCCCCCACAACAACAUCGACAACAUUGGAUUGGAGCACGUGGCCAGGUUUAUCUCGAGCGGCCACUGCGAGGGUCUUGAUCUUGGCGGGAAUGAUCUUCGCGAAAGUAUUGAAGUGCUCGCCCAAUCCAUCUCGGACAAUUCUCCGCUCUGGGGUCUCAGCUUGGCGGAGUGUAACCUGCGCCCAGGCUCAUUAUGCAAGAUAUUCCCCAAGCUUCUUCCGUUGAAAAACCUACGGUUCAUCGACCUCUCGCACAACCAGGAACUGUGUAGUUCUGAGCCCAGUGCUGUCGGCCUCCUGCGGAAGUAUCUCCCCAAGCUGCAAAAUCUGAAGCGCAUUCAUUUAGCAGACGUCUCCAUGACUUCAGAGCAGGCCAUUGCUCUCGCCGAGAUUCUUCCGGAAGUGCAUGGGCUGGCUCAUAUCAGCUUCCUGGAGAACCCCAAGUUGGUCAAGCUGGCCGACGCCACCACAGAAGAGUCGCGCGAGGAAGCUUGCGCCCUGUACGCUUCUCUCCUGGCGGCGACGCGGGUGUCUCCUUCGAUUAUAUGUGUCGAUAUCGACGUGCCGAGCGAAAGGUCGGGCGAGGUGGUCAAGGCUAUGGCAAAGCAGGUCGUGGCAUACUGUCUGCGCAAUAUGCAGCGCAUCCCCAUCGCGGAAAUCAGCUCCGCCGUGCAAGGUUUGGCAGAUGGUCACGCUGUCCCUGAGGGCCAGGAGCCUCCUUACCCAGACGUCCUCGUCCACCUGGUCGGUCAUGACGUGCUCAACCAGGACGAAUGUCCAUCCGACCACGAGUCUGCGCCAGAUGAUGACUACGUGAUUGGCGGCACGGGCCUGGUAAAGGCCCUGACUUGCUGCUUGGAAAACAGAGGCGACGACUCACGCCGGCAGUCGGUCGAGUUCACGAAAGAGGCCGAGGAUGGAGGUAAGGAGGAAGGCGUGGAAACACCGACCAUGAUAGGACCCAAACUCCCAUCUGCAAAGGCCAAGGAUAUGUCGAAGCACCUGCUCGCUGCGGCACGUAAGAUCAGGAUCCGUCUGCAGCCGGCUGUGGCCCGGGCGAAGGCCCACGCCAGCGACGAGGAAAACCUCCGCAAGCUUCUCUUCCUCGAUACGACACUGGCCAACAUCAUCAAGCGGUUCGAGGACGAGUUCCCUGACACGCGGGUGGGCGGAGGGGCCGGUUUGCUCGCGGAUGCAACACCAUCUCUGCCGGCGGAAGUCGAACCCGAACAGGUCGCGAUCCCCUCGGACGCCGAAGACGACUUCGACCUCGAGGUGCGGCCGAGCCUCUCGCGGACCAACUCGGCCAUGUCGCUUUCGUCGCGGGCGCUCGCCGAGGAAGAAGGCCGCAUGCUCCGCACGGGCCACAUGUUCCGUUCGGGCAUCAUCAAGCCGGAGUACUUCGACCUGCUCAACGGGCUGGACGAGACGCUGGUGGAACCGAACCACGUCGCGGCCAUGCAGGAGAUGGUGGAGGAACUGCAGGACCCGGACCUCAGCCGGAAGAUGCGCGAGAAGGGCGUGGUGCGGCUGUUCCGCGAGGACCGCGAGCAGAUCCGCGAAGCACUCCGCGUGCUGGACCCGGAAUAUUGGGAGCGUUUCGUCGAGAGCCAGGAGAAGGCCCGCGGCAAUGUUCAGGUGCUGUCGCCCAGUGUGAAGGCUGCCGAGACGCGGCCAGAUGGGGGUGCUGCCCCGGACGAGAGCGCAGUGGAAGAUUAGUUGGACCGGUUCAUGUAGAGGGCUGCCUUUACUCUCUGUAUUUACGUAUGACGGGUGAACCCGCAUGCGGAGUCGGGCCCAUCGUUGUCCAGGUCCGAAGGAUGACGAUUUGAGGUUUGGUGCGGGAAGGGCUAGAGGAUUGGCAUGCAUGGUCGGGCGUUGAACUGGAAUGGAAUCCAUUUCCUUUCUCUCUCUUGUCUUUUUUUUUUUUUCUGUACUUUUUCUUCCCCUCCUCGUCUUACUUCUCUAUAAGCGAUGUUCCGGGGGAUGUAUUUGGGAUGGUGGUCAAAAUGGAAGCGAUCAUGAUUCACAGUAUGCUUUGGUUCACUAGACUCCUAAUUCAAUACC